AGCAGCAGCAGCAUUAGCUGCCUGUCAACAUCACACCUCUUUAGAGGAUAUUUGUGUUUUAUGUUUUAACUGUUUGUCCUCGGCACUGCUCCGGUUGUCCUCCGCCAUGUCCAUGUACCAGGUAAAGACCGUCUGUCCGGAAAUAAAGAUUGAUUUGCCCACCUGCAUGUACAAGUUACCGAAUAUCCACACGAGGCAGGAGAACAGCUGCAGCCCGGACCACGCGCUCCAGAAUGGGGACGUAGACCCAGCUGUUAAGGCUCUGGAGGCCCGUCAGGAUGAGAUCUUAAGAAAGCUGUAUGAGUUAAAGGCAGCCGUGGAAGGCCUCGCCAAGACCGUGAUGACCCCAGACGCAGAUCUGGAUGUAACGGUUGGCAACACUCUGUCCUCACAAAGCUCCAGUUGUGACAUCUUUAAAGGAAGUCCAAACUUAGACACACUUUUGGGGAAGGACCUGGGUGCUCUACGUGACAUUGUCAUCAAUGCAAACCCUGCGCAGCCACCCCUCACCCUGCUGGUGCUCCAUAGCCUGCUGUGCCAGCGCUACCGGGUGCUCUCCACUGUCCAUGUCCACUCUUCAGUAAGCAGUGUGCCACCGCAGCUCCUGUCCUGCCUCGGUCCGAAACACGCAGACAGCUAUGCACGUCAUAUGUUCCAGCUGGGCUUCACCCUCAUAUGGAAGGAUGUUCCCAAACUGGAAAUGAAGUUCAGCGUCCGUAACAUGUGUCCCAUUGAGGGUGAGGCCAACGUGGCACGCUUCCUCUUCAAGCUGCUUGCACCCUAUCCCAGUGACCCUGUUCUGGCCACGUUGGUGGACGGCUGGGUGGACACUGCUUUCUUCCAGCUGGCAGACGGCAGCACUAAAGAGAGAGCUGCUGUCCUGCGGGCCCUCAACUCCGCUCUGGGUCGUGGCCCCUGGCUGUCGGGACCAGAGUUCUCCCUGGCUGACAUCGCUUGCUACUGCUGUGUGAUGCAGACAGGCUCCGCGUCCUCGGCUGCUACUAACGUUCAACGCUGGAUCAAGUCCUGCGAGAACCUAGUUCACUUUGGCCCUGCUAAGGUCCUCCUAAAGUGACCAGGACUGUCAGAUGCAGGGUGACAGACGGGGCAUUAGGAUAAAAAAAUGAUCUCAGCUAUGUCUUGAACUCCUUCUAAUUCUUCCCCACCUUAUUGUAGUUUAACUCUGUACUGACAGACAAAAGUAUUUAUUUCUGCCAUGCUGCUUUUAUGAAAUAGGGGGGAAAGAAAAAGAGGAUUACAUAGACGUGUGCUUGGUGACGGAUUACUGGGAAUUUACUAAGGGAAGUUAUAGGAAAAAACACAGAAUAAACCAUGUUAACCCUUCAACUUUGUGCCUAACAUGAUCUAGUUCUAUGUGUGGUAUGGGGUGGUACGGGUCUUUUCACAAGUAAUACUUUAUACCAUCAGUUUUUUCUUAAAACAUUAAAAGGUUUAAACUUG